GGUCGCAACGGGAACCUACCGCAGGUAAUUACUCGUGCAGGGCUGGGAAGCCUGCUUGGUCGAGCUGUGAUUUCACAUCAAACCAAAUACAACGCUUCAACCUGAUAGUUGAAUGAAGGAAACCACUCGCCAUGGAUCCAGCCGAGAUCAAAUCCUGCGAACACAAAACAUGGGACGCACUCUGCAAGUCCGGAUCCUCCCUGAUCCCUCUCCUGGCAGAGGACAGCAUCAUGCUGUUUCCUGGAGGAAUGAUGCUGUCCAGACAUUCAACACCUAGCCUCGAAUCAGUCCUAACCAGCGAGAUGUUUGUUCCAUGGCAGAAAUACACAAUAUCCGAAGAUAAGGUCCGCUUUCUCGAUUCCCACGCCACUGCUGCCCUUAUCACGUACCGCGCGGUGGCUGAACGGCCCGGGCAGGAGAAGCCGACAGUCUUCCAGGCCUUGUGCUCGAGUACGUGGCGGAAAAUAACUCCGCUGGAGAAGGAUGGCCGGUGGGAGAUGGUAUCUCACCAGCAGACCCCUAUCUAAGAUUGCAGGGAUCACUACAGACUGGUGGAAAUAUCGUCGGACUGGCUUCCGUUACAUGUAUAUCAGCAGUCACUGUCUCGAGAAUUAUCGAUCCUACAGCAAUAUUCACCAC